AUGGCAGGCUCUUUCGACAACCGUGACUUGGACUUCCAGUCCUGGCCGCCCGGCACAAUCCAGAUCGAAGAUCUCUGCGGCGGCAGAUAUGACAAAAUCAUCCUUCAUCCCGCGCCGAGUACAGAUCCAAAUGACCCCCUCAACUGGUCGAAACCACGCAAAUCCCUCAACUUCGGUCUCACCUGCUAUUACACUCUGAUGGUUUUUGUUUUGGUUGCCAUUUCUACCGUUAUCUACGGUCCGCUGAUGACCGAAUUCGGGUUCGAUAUCGAAGUCCUCAAUGAGGGCUUUGGGGCCAAUACUGCCGGCCUGGCGGUUGGAUGCGUCUUAUUCAUCCCCCUUGCUCUCAAAUUCGGGCGCCGACCCGUCUACUUGGUCAGCUUCACCAUGUCACUCGCCACGGCCAUCUGGCAAGCCAGGCUACGGACUGCGGGUGAUGUGUACGGCGCAAACGUCGUGUCUGGUCUUGGAGGCAGCGUCGCUCAAACAAUCUGUCAAAUGACAAUCUCGGAUCUAUUCUACGUGCACCAGCGCGCAACUGCAAAUGGCGCCUACAUUGCAAUCGUCACCACAGGAACCUUUCUGGGACCUGUUGCUGCUGGUUACAUUACUGAUUCACAGGGGUGGAGGUGGAUCUGGUGGUGGACAGCCAUCUUUUUGGGGGUCGGGCUUGUUGCUUUCAUCUUCUUCUACGAAGAAACGAAGUAUAUCCCUUUGAUCGACGCACACGGCCCUCCUAGUGCUCGUGAUAGUGCAAGUAACUUUGCUGUGAGUGCUGCUAGUGCUGGUGAUGAGGGGACUCCGGUCCUGAGACAUGCAGAAGAAGCAAGGGAAGGCGACAAGGACCUUGAAUCAGGCGUCCAAAAAUGCGACACCGAAGCUCCCACCGUGGUCAUGACUAGGACUGUUGUAAGGGAAGUCAAGCUCACGCCAUACUCCCAACGCUUACGUCUCCUCACUGUCACUCCUGGAGGCUUCAAAGACCUGAUUCGACACACAUGGCAGCCAUUUGUGGUCUUGUUCACCACCCCGGCCGUCGCGUACACCUCGUUGAUAAACGGCUCGUUACUGGCCUGGGUCACUGUCCUGCUGUCAGUGUUUUCCACCUAUUUGACCCUUCCACCCUACAACUUCUCCACCUCGGCGGUUGGACUAAUGAAUGUGGCGCCUUUCAUUGGCAGUUUUCUGGGCAGCGCCUACGGAGGUGUACUGUCUGAUUUCCACAUCAUUCGCCUGUCGCAAAAGAACAACGGGAUCUACGAGCCUGAGAUGCGCUUCUGGCUCGCCUUACCCUGGCUUGUGAUCACCCCGUUGUCGCUGCUCAUGUUUGGCCUCUGCCUCACCCAUAGCCUACCCUGGAUUUCUCUGGCCAUUGCACUGGUCAUUUUCGGCGCAGGUCUCAACGUCUUCAAUGCCAUAGCGCUUACUUACCUGAUUGAUUCUUACAGGAAUAUCGUUGGAGACUCUCUUGUCGCGGUCACAUUCGUAGGGGAUGCCCUUGCCUCGGCGGUCGCCAUGUCGCUCUCCCCCUGGAUCAAAGGCACCGGUCUCAACACAGUGUUCGUCAUUUGUACCGUCGUGUCGACCGUCGUCUUCUUAACGACUAUUCCCAUGAUGAUUUGGGGCAAGGCCUUCCGGGCGCGAACGGCCAAAAGGUAUGCGAUGAUGGCACAGAGGCAAUUCAACGCCAAUCGGUGA